CGUCAUUGUUUAUUUCCUUUGGUUAUUCGAGACUUUCAACGUCCUGCGUGCUCGAGCAAUACAACCUUGAUCCAUCAAUGUGAUCAGCCUCGGAAUGUCGAUUGUUGCUGAUCAGGUACGGCGCGUCGACAGCCAACUCGACCGCGUUCAUCUAGUUCCACGAGCAACACAAGAUGGUUUUUCCACCGAACAGAAUCGCAGAGUCUCUUCUUCCCCUCGAAUACUUGAGCUUCAAAGCAUCGUGAAAGCCUUUUCGACUACGUCCUCGUCCAGCCCACUUUUGUCAUCAUGGCGCAUUUCGACAUUGCUGAAGCAGGCGGAACUUUCGGAGGUUGGGGUAGAGAGUGAGGACGAUGAAGUGACGAGAAAUUACGAGUCCGAGCUCGAAUGGCUGCUUGUGAGCAAGGCUACAGUGCAGACCUAUGGUCUGCUAUUGAACACUCUGCUGGAACAGACAAUUCCACUCAACGAUGAUAUAUGGUAUUGGGACGAAGUGCUUGGAUCAUAUACAUAUACCAGUCUAUAUACGGUUCAGACGUCACCAUUAAGAUUCUGGGCAUGGUCGAAGGAUAUAUACAGCGAUACCAGACGUAGACUCGCAAGGCUAGGAGAAGGUCCAGAGGACGCUAUUUCUGCGAGAGAUAUUGGGACAAGCCUUACGGACCAAUGGAAGCAAUUUUACGGGCUUGUCAGAGAGAGUAUCCGCGAGAGGUCAAUUGCGGAUAUUCAACGGAGGGUACUUUCGCCUAUUGCUCUUUGCCGUUCCCAAGCACGACAUAAUCAAGCUCGUCUAAGAAGAUUACGAGAAAUGGGUGCAAGCGGGUUGGGCGUGCUCAUGGACGAAGGCCUAAGUUUUGAUAUCAACGAUGAAAGCUCCGAGACGGCAAAAACGGAAGAGAAUGAUAGCCAUGAAUGGAAAGUGGUUGUGGAGAGAAGCGUGGCUUUGAUGGAUACAGUUCUCAGAAAUGUCACCACUCUCGAAACCGGCGUUUCUGAUUUCGAGGAUACUGUCUUUGCCACUGUUGAGGACGACCCAGAGAUCUCGGUCAGAGAUGACGGUGCUCAAACUUCCAGACCAGCAAAACUUAGUACUCGACUACAACACAUCCUCGAGGUCCACGUCCCAAAUCACAUAACAUCUUCUCAGAAGCUAGUCUCACUAUAUGGACGGCCUCCAAGACUCGUUAGGUACUGGCUUCCAGCAAGUCUACUAUUACUCUCUUCUUCGACCCUUCUGCGAAUAUUCGUCCACAGACGUUCAGAGAUUGUUGAAGGGAUCAGAGACUUUGGAGCAACAGUCCGAGACUUCUGGUUUAAUUGGGUCAUCGAGCCUGUUAAGAAAAUCAUUCGGACCAUUCGGCAUGAUAAAGACAGUGAGGUUGCCAUCAUGAGCAAAGAGAGCCUGAAGGGUGACAGGGACAGUCUUGAACGCAUGGUUGUGGACUUUGCUACAGACAAUCCACAGUCCGCCGUCGGAGUUAGCAAUUUGAGCGAGGCUCAAAUUUCUGAGAUUCGAAUGAAAGUCAAGGAAGGUGAUCUGACGCCUGUACUCCGUGCAUACGAGAAGGAUCUACGACAACCAUUCAUGGGCACCGUUCGUGGUGACCUUGUCCGAACUCUCCUUAUUCAAGUGCAAAAGACCAAAGUCGAUGUUGAAGUCGCCAUCAGUGGCAUUGACGCACUGCUCAAGAGCCAGGAGCUGGUCUUUGGAUUUGUGGGUCUCACUCCAGGUGUGCUGGUCUGUGUUGCGGCAUUCCGAUACCUUGGAGGAGUAUUUGGCAACCGGAAGGGAGUCAAACAAGGCCGAAAAGCCGGACAGACUAUCCGUGUGCUUCGAAAUAUCGAUCGAAUACUUACACUAGCAACUCCAACUCAGAACAACCUUCUCUCAUACAAGGACCACGGCUUGUUGCUUUGCGAAGUUCAUGUGCUGCGCAAGCGUGCCCAUCGACUGUUCCCUGGCGAGAUUGAAAGGGAAUUCCUUGAGGACGUCGCUGACCUCUGCAACAUAAAUAGUGGUAUUCAAGCACAAUUAAAAGUCCUUGAGAGGAUCAGAUGGGGUUAUGCAAAAUGGCUGAGAUGAGGCUCAAAAGCUUCAGUAAAUAAGUACCAAAAUGUAAAUAUCAACAAUAACAGCAAAAGCAUCUCCC